AUGGCGGGGUGUGCCUUGGGAUUUACAGCAGCAGCUGGGAAUCUGAGUAACAGGGGACUUUUGAGGUGCCUCAAACGUUUGCCUGGGGGUUCACAGAAGAAGAAGCAGCAGCAGCAGCAGCAGCAGCAGCAGCAGCAGCUGGUGGUGGGGUUUGGGUGCGAGGGUACCACCGGGACUAAGGGCCUGCAGAUUCAGCGAGCAAUCCCGGUGCCGCUCCCCUCAGACGUCUGUGAUAGUGACAGUAACGGCAACACUGCUCCUCUCCUAUCCCAACCUCCGCUGCUCUCCCUCCCCUCGGUCUCUCCUGCCACAGGCCUGCAGAUUCAGAGAGCAAGCCCAGUGCCGCUCCCCUCAGACGCCUCUAAUGAGAGCGUCUAUGGGGACUGUGACAGUAACGGCAACACUGCUCCUAACCACUGCCCUGACUUCCUUAUCCCAACCCCUGCUCCUCCCUCUCCCUUCUUUCUCCUCGCCACACAGGCCUGCAGAUUCAGCGAGCAAGCCCGGUGCCUCUCCCUUCAGACGUCUCUGAUGAGAGUGACUACAAGGACUGUGACAGUAGCGAAGGGGAAACCAGCAGCAGCAGCAGCAGCAGCAGCAGCAGCAGCAGCAGCAGCAGCAGCAGCAGCAGCAGCAGCAGCAGCAGCAGCAGCAGCAGCAGCAGCAGCAGCAGCAGCAGCAGCAGCAGCAGCAGCAGCAGCAGCAGCAGCAGCAGCGGCAGCAGCAGCGGCAGCAGCAGCGGCAGCAGCGGCAGUGGCGGUAGCAGCGGCUCUUCCAGCACCCCCUCAACUGAAUCCGUCCCAAGUGAGAGCUCCCUUCAGAUUGCACGCCUCUGAUGAUAGUGACUCACUUAAAGAGGACUAUGAGAGGGUCACGGUGGAGGGUUAUCUGGAGCAGGCUUUACUGGCGGCGGGCAUGAUACUUCCUAGCAACUUCGGGGAUCUGUUCAAGAUCGGGUGGAGCCGUAGCAGCAGGACGGACAAAGGGGUGCAUUCAGUGGCAACGGUGGUGUCGGUGAAGCUCGAGCUGCCAGAGGGUCUUUUCCACAAGGGGCAAGGCCAGACCGAGAGUCCCAGAGAGUCCUUUCAAGAAGGGGCAGGCAAGGUGCACUCAGUGGCAACUGUUGUGUCUGUGAAACUAGAACUACCAGAGAGCCUCUUUCACAAGGGGCAAGACCGCCAGGAGGAGGAGCGGGAAGGGCAAGCGGUAGCUGACGCCAUCAAUGCGCAUCUGCCCCCCUCCAUCCGUGUGUUUGGCGCCGUACCCGUCACCAAAGAAGCAGCAGCAGCAGCUAAUGCCAUCACGCCCAUCUGCCCCCCUCCAUCCGUGUGUUUGGCGCCGUACCCGUCACCAAGUGAGUGCCGCUCAUUCAGGAGGGUGCAGGAGGAGCAGGAAGGCAUGGCAGUGACCAACCGCACCUCCUACCACUGCCGUGCUCACCUGCUCUCAUGCUCACCUGCUGUCAUGCUCACCUGCUGUCAUGCUCACCUGCUCUCAUGCUCACCUGCUGUCAUGCUCACCUGCUGUCAUGCUCACCUGCUGUCAUGCUCACCUGCUGUCAUGCUCACCUGCUGUCAUGCUCACCUGCUGUCGUGCUCACCUGCUGUCGUGCUCACCUGCUGUCAUGCUCACCUGCUGUCAUGCUCACCUGCUGUCAUGCUCACCUGCUGUCAUGCUCACCUGCUGCCAUGCUCACCUGCUGUCAUGCUCACCUGCUGUCAUGCUCACCUGCUGUCAUGCUCACCUGCUGUCAUGCUCACCUGCUGUCAUGCUCACCUGCUGUCAUGCUCACCUGCUGUCAUGCUCACCUGCUGUCAUGCUCACCUGCUGUCAUGCUCACCUGCUGUCGUGCUCACCUGCUGUCGUGCUCACCUGCUGUCAUGCUCACCUGCUGUCAUGCUCACCUGCUGUCAUGCUCACCUGCUGUCAUGCUCACCUGCUGUCAUGCUCACCUGCUGUCAUGCUCACCUGCUGUCAUGCUCACCUGCUGUCAUGCUCACCUGCUGUCAUGCUCACCUGCUGUCAUGCUCACCUGCUGUCAUGCUCACCUGCUGUCGUGCUCACCUGCUGUCAUGCUCACCUGCUGUCAUGCUCACCUGCUGUCAUGCUCACCUGCUGUCAUGCUCACCUGCUGCCAUGCUCACCUGCUGUCAUGCUCACCUGCUGUCAUGCUCACCUGCUGUCAUGCUCACCUGCUGUCAUGCUCACCUGCUGUCAUGCUCACCUGCUGUCAUGCUCACCUGCUGUCAUGCUCACCUGCUGUCAUGCUCACCUGCUGUCAUGCUCACCUGCUGUCAUGCUCACCUGCUGUCAUGCUCACCUGCUGUCAUGCUCACCUGCUGUCAUGCUCACCUGCUGUCAUGCUCACCUGCUGUCAUGCUCACCUGCUGUCAUGCUCACCUGCUGUCAUGCUCACCUGCUGUCAUGCUCACCUGCUGUCAUGCUCACCUGCUGUCAUGCUCACCUGCUGUCAUGCUCACCUGCUGUCAUGCUCACCUGCUGUCAUGCUCACCUGCUGUCAUGCUCACCUGCUGUCAUGCUCACCUGCUGUCAUGCUCACCUGCUGUCAUGCUCACCUGCUGUCAUGCUCACCUGCUGUCAUGCUCACCUGCUGUCAUGCUCACCUGCUGUCGUGCUCACCUGCUGUCGUGCUCACCUGCUGUCAUGCUCACCUGCUGUCGUGCUCACCUGCUGUCGUGCUCACCUGCUGUCAUGCUCACCUGCUGUCGUGCUCACCUGCUGUCGUGCUCACCUGCUGUCAUGCUCACCUGCUGUCAUGCUCACCUGCUGUCAUGCUCACCUGCUGUCAUGCUCACCUGCUGCCAUGCUCACCUGCUGUCAUGCUCACCUGCUGUCAUGCUCACCUGCUGUCAUGCUCACCUGCUGUCAUGCUCACCUGCUGUCAUGCUCACCUGCUGUCAUGCUCACCUGCUGUCAUGCUCACCUGCUGUCAUGCUCACCUGCUGUCAUGCUCACCUGCUGUCAUGCUCACCUGCUGUCGUGCUCACCUGCUGUCAUGCUCACCUGCUGUCAUGCUCACCUGCUGUCGUGCUCACCUGCUGUCGUGCUCACCUGCUGUCAUGCUCACCUGCUGUCGUGCUCACCUGCUGUCGUGCUCACCUGCUGUCAUGCUCACCUGCUCUCAUGCUCACCUGCUGUCGUGCUCACCUGCUGUCGUGCUCACCUGUGGCCAUCUCCCCCUCCAUGCAGGAGCUUCUUGGCCAGAAGGGCGUGUGUGAGCCCCACCUACCACUACUUGCAGGAGGAGUGGAGGACUGGAAAAGGGGGUGGGAGAAGAGGGGGGGAUGA